AUGGAGGCCUUCCAUACCGUGGCGAUCAAUGCCCCCAUAGUGGAAAGAUCCGUCUCUGUUGCCGUCUUGCCAGAACAAGAAACGCCUGGGGGCUCUCUUUUCUUAAGCAACAUCGACCAAGCGUCGGUUUUUUACCUGCCGAUGGUUUAUUCUUUCGACAGGAGCGACGCUGAUACGGUAGACGUGAUUAAGAAAGCUUUGUGCCAAGUCUUGGUUCAUUACUAUCCGCUGGCGGGGAGGUUAGCUAGAAACUCGCAAGGGAAGUUGACCGUUGAUUGCGAGAAGAAGUUAGGAGUGCCAUUUGUGGAGGCAUCGGCGAAUUGCGACAUCGAAGACCUAGGUGACAUGAAAUUCCUCGAUCGUAAUGUUUUGCAAAAGCUUGUUUAUGGAGAUGCUACUGAAAAUACGGUAGAAGUUGCACCCCUUUUAACAGCACAGGUAACAAAGUUUAGAUGUGGAGGUUUCACUGUGGGGAUCGCAUUUAAUCAUUGCAUGUUUGAUGGUACCUCCGUAAUGAAUUUUAUGAACUCAUGGGCUGAAAUAGCAAGAGGUAGACCUUUAUCCAUCAUCCCCUGUCAUGAUAGAACCGUUCUGACAUCAAGGGUUCCUCCUCAAAUCACCGGUACUUCCGACAGCUUUGUUCAGAUUAGUGAUGUAUCAGACUUGAAGGCAUUAUACGAGAAAGAGCAGAUUGUGUGGAAAUCUUUCCACUUCGACAACGCGAAAUACAACAUACCAAACGUUGGGGAUUGUGUUGCAAUGAGUAAAAUUACAUCGAUCCCCAUCACUCAUUGUUUUAUCACUCACAAUAAUUUCACGAUUCAAUGUGAACAACAGAGCAUAAGCAGCUGCUCCAGCUUCGUAGCUCUUGCAGCUCGAGUGUGGCGGGCUCGAACUAUGGCACUCAAGAUGAAACCGCACCAACUGUCGAAGCUUCUUUUUCCUGUUGAUUUCCGGUCUAUGAUGAAACCACCAAUGCCCAGAUACAUCGGGAAUGCUGUGGUCGAAGCUUGCUGUCUCUGCACCGUGGGAGAGUUGAUCGAUGAGCCAUUCUCUUUCACAGCAGGGAGAAUACGGGAGGCAAUCGAGAGGGUGAACGAGGACUACGUGCGGUCAUGGAUAGACUCCUUGGACGUGCAUCAAUUCAACCUCCUCUCAUUGACCUCUCUCGUGUUGGUUUCGUGGCAAAGGUUUGAUUAUGGCUCCACGGAUUUUGGAUGGGGAAAGCCAAGGACUUUCGGCACCGGUGACCUGCCGACUGGUUGUCUAUUCAUGGCGGAUGGGAGGGAGAGGAAGGGCAUUGUUGUGGUGCUGGGCUUGCCACUUUCGGCCAUGGACACUUUCGAGAAGCUGGUCCAACUUGAGUGAUAAAUGCUCGACAUGCCACGUCCGGCAUAUCAAAUGCUUUU